CGCCAGGGGUCCCCGCGCCGCUCCCGUAGCGCGCCCUCCAGGGCUGCGGUCUCUUCUAUGAUGGAGGGAAGCCGGCAGACGCGAGUGUCACGGCCCUACAAGAUCAGCGAGUCCUCCAAGGUGUACCGCUGGGCUGAGCACCCGAGCAUGGUGCUGCAGCGGCUCAACGAGCAGCGUCUCCGCGGGCUCUUCUGUGACAUCGUCCUGGUGGCGGACGAGCAGCGCGUGCCGGCCCACCGCAACCUGCUGGCUGUGUGCAGCGACUACUUCAACUCCAUGUUCACCAUCGGCAUGCGCGAGGCCUUCCAGAAGGAGGUGGAGCUCGUCGGCGCCUCGUACAUCGGGCUCAAGGCCGUGGUGGACUUCCUGUACGGCGGGGAGCUGGCGCUGGACGGUGGCAACAUCGACUACAUCCUGGAGACGGCGCACCUGCUGCAGAUCUGGACGGUGGUGGACUUCUGCUGCGAGUACCUGGAGCAGGAGGUGAGCGAGGAGAACUACCUGUACCUGCAGGAGCUGGCCUCCAUCUACAGCCUCAGGCGGCUGGACGCCUUCGUCGACGGCUUCAUCCUGCGCCGCUUCGGCACGCUGUCCUUCACGCCCGACUUCCUGCAGAACGUGUCCGUCCAGAAGCUGUGCGCCUACCUGGGCAGCAGCGAGGUGCAGCGCGAGUGCGAGCACGACCUGCUGCGGGCCGCCCUGCAGUGGCUCACGCAGCGGCCCGAGCGCGAGGCCCACGCCUUCCAGGUGCUGGAGAACAUCCACUUCCCGCUCAUCCCCAAGAACGACCUGCUGCACCGUGUCAAGCCGGCCGUGUGCUCGCUGCUGCCGCGGGAGGCCAACUGCGAGGGCUUCAUCGAGGAGGCGGUGCGCUACCACAACAGCCUGGCGGCCCAGCCCGUGCUGCAGACCAAGCGCACGGCGCUGCGUACCAACCAGGAGCGGCUGCUGUUCGUGGGCGGCGAGGUGUCCGAGCGCUGUCUGGAGCUCAGCGACGACACCUGCUACCUGGACGCCGCCAGCGAGCAGUGGGUCAAGGAGACACCCCUGCCGGCCCGGCGGAGCCACCACUGCGUCGCCGUGCUGGGGGGGUUCAUCUUCAUCGCCGGCGGCAGCUUCUCCCGGGACAAUGGAGGGGACGCGGCGUCCAAUCUUCUUUAUAGGUAUGACCCCCGCUGUAAACAGUGGAUCAAGGUGGCCUCCAUGAACCAGCGCCGCGUGGAUUUCUACCUGGCCUCCAUCGAAGACAUGCUGGUGGCCGUCGGUGGCCGGAAUGAGAAUGGAGCUCUUUCUUCAGUGGAGACUUACAGCCCCAAGACCGACUCCUGGUCCUACGUGGCUGGCUUGCCCAGGUUCACCUAUGGCCACGCAGGCACCAUCUACAAGGACUUUGUGUACAUCUCUGGGGGCCACGACUACCAGAUCGGCCCGUACCGCAAGAACCUGCUGUGUUACGACCACCGGACGGACGUGUGGGAGGAGCGGCGGCCCAUGACCACGGCGCGCGGCUGGCACAGCAUGUGCAGCCUGGGCGACACCAUCUACUCCAUCGGCGGCAGCGACGACAGCGUCGAGUCCAUGGAGCGCUUCGACGUGCUGGGCGUCGAGGCCUACAGCCCGCAGUGCAACCAGUGGACCCGCGUGGCACCCCUGCUGCAGGCCAACAGCGAGUCGGGGGUGGCCGUGUGGGAGGGCCGCAUCUACAUCCUGGGCGGCUACAGCUGGGAGAGCACAGCCUUCUCCAAGACCGUGCAGGUGUACGACCGCGAGAAGGACAAGUGGGGCAAGGGCCCUGACCUGCCCAAGGCCAUCGCCGGCGUGUCGGCCUGCGUAUGCGCCCUUAAGCCGCGGCUGGAGGACAAGAAGAAGAAGGGGAAGGGCAAGAGGUACCAGGACCGGGGCCAGUGACCCGCCCCCAACCCCCAACCAGCCCCGCCGGAGCGUCCAGACCAGCAACGACUUCGUAGUGUCCUGGAACCAUGAUGUACUUCUUAGCAGCUUUUUUUUUUUUUUACUUUUAUGAUUCUUGGUAUUUCUAUGGUAUCACAGUAACCGAUUAA